AAAAAAAAAUUGGACAAGGCCUGAAUUUUUGUUGUAUUCCCAAGUAUAUACUGAUCAUCACAACAUUAUGUCUCAUGGAGGGCUUUGCCGCUCUUGUCAAUUUGUCUUUAAAGAUGUGUGGAGUUGAUAGAAUCCAAGAUUUCUGACCACAUCUUCUAGGACUGUUGGAGGUUCCACCACUUCUACGCUUAUUUGCUUCACUUGUUUUUGUUCUUUCCCCGCAAUCACAACCACAACCACCCACUAUAUAUAUUUUUAUAUUUAUUUUGCUAAUACCUCCUUCUCUCUCUCUCUCUCUCUCUCUCUCUCUCUCUGUGAUCACCAAGUAGCUCUAGCUAGUCCCCAUGGCCAACAAUUACAGUUUCUUGUGUCUUUUAGGAGCCAUAGAUCGUCUAUGGUUUCACCAUACCAUUCUUUUCUCCGAGCCCAUGUCAUUAUUUGGCCCCAAAAGUACCAUUGAAGAUCAAACACCUCAGGACUCAAUCAUCACAGAUUCUUUUACAUACCCAUCAUCCAGCGUCUCCUUCACACCUCUAGCAGAUGAAGAAAUAGAUUUCUCACCUCUUUUGUAUGAAGAAAACUCAUCAGAUUCACCACAAACCGCUACUCCACAGGAUGACUCCAACAAUGAAGAGGAGGAUGAGACCAACUCGACCGAUUCAAUCAACCCGAAAAAUAAGAAGAAAAUCAGACCAACAAGAUUAAACCUGCUGGCCAACAGAAUGUUAAAACGCUCUCAUUCAUCUGAUCAGCAAAAACGUCCCCAGAAAAACAGAACACUCUCAUCAGCAUCAGCAACAUCAUCACCAGGCUAUGCUGCAGCAGAAGCAGCAGCGAGAAAGCUACAAAAAUCCAUGAGCUGCAGGAGCUUGGGGGAGCUGGAGCUCGAAGAAGUUAAAGGGUUCAUGGAUUUAGGCUUCACGUUCAAGAGAGAACACUUGAGCCCAAGAAUGAUGAGCUUAGUGCCUGGCCUGCAGAGGCUCGGAAUGUCCAAUAAUAAGAAGUUACAGAACGGUGAAGAUGAUGAUGAUUCUGUGGAAGUGGCAGCUGACAAAGAUGAAGAUGGUGAGGGAGAAGUUGAAGUGACGAGGCCAUAUUUAUCAGAGGCAUGGCUGAUAAAGCGACCAGAUUCACCGCUGCUAAAUCUGAGGCUGCCAAGAGUCUCUGCAGCUGCUGAUAUGAAGAAACAUCUGAAGUUUUGGGCUAGAACUGUUGCUUCAGAAAUUCACCAGGAAUCCUAACACAGGUUUUGGUUUUAUUUGCCGACAGCUUUUGCAACUGUAAAAAUGUAAUGUUUUUUGGGCGUCGUUAAAGAGAGAGUGUGGUGUGCAAAUGUUCACGUAAAUAUAAAUAAAGGAGUGCAAAGGCAAAAGGCCAGAGCACCUUUUUUUUUU